CUCUCUCUCUCUCCUCUUUCUCUUUCUCUCUCUAAAAAUCUCACCACCAUCCAAAUCCAGAUGCUUCAAUCGCAAUUCAAUCACCACCACCAGCACCACUCCCACUCCCACUACUCCUCUCGCUCAAAUUCCACUUCUACCCCUCCCAACUUCCCCUCCUACCUCCUAUCCCUCCCGCCGCGCCGCCACGGCCGCCGGAUCUAUGUAUAGCAGGUUCACCAUCCUAGGCUUUCUCUGCUCCGGUCUCAUCCUCGGCGCCGGAUAAAAAACACACAACACAAGCUUAGGGUUUCCAGCGUUUUCAGCUGCUCCGAAAUGCCGGCGCUCGGAAUUCUAGGGUUUCAGGGGCUCCUCCUGCUCGGCCUCGGCGUCGCUGCGGCGGCGUUCGUUGUGAUUCGGCACAAGUGGAGGAACGCGGUGGCGAAGAAGGAGGAGAUCAUGAGGCUUGUGGCUAUGGCUUCUCAGGAGGCCGCAAUGGCGGAGCUUCAGACCUUCUCGGCUCAUUUUGCUGCUGCUGCUCCGGUGCCGGUGACGGUGGCCGGUGCGUUUCGUUGUGCUGUUUGUUAUUCGCAGACGACUAUGCGGUGCUCGAAGUGCAAGAGUGUUAGAUACUGUUCUGGGAAGUGCCAAAUCCUUCAUUGGAGACAAGGUCACAAGGACGAAUGCCAACCUUCGGUUGGUGCUACUGAGGUCGAACACAAGAGUGACUUAGAUGCAGAAGCGGUGUUUGAUCAUGGUUGGACAAGUGCAGAUACAAAUUCAACAUCACCCAGUACUGUAUUAUGGGAUGGUUUAACUUCAUCUGGUACUGGAGCUGACACAUCUUCGGGUGAGAUUUCUAAUCGUAUCAGUGUUGACAGAGCAGAAAAACCUCUUCUUGAUAAUGCUGCACCCGAUCUACUUGGAAGUACUUCUGAGCAUGCUAAUUUGGUCAAUUGUCAUGAUAACUUUUCACGUGCAAAUAAGUUAGUUAAGAUGAAGUCCAGUCAGAACGAUACAGAGGUAGAAUCCAAAUCAAAACUUGCUAAAGUUAAGAUGGAUAUGUCUGCUGGUUCUCAGCCUGCAAUUAAUGAUGGUAAAAAGUCAUCUAGAAGGAGUACUUCAACAGAAAAGGUAGUUACUGAUGUCUCUAAGUCUAAAAGGUUGUCAACUAGUGACAGGGAAGAUGAGCGUAAAGAAGGCCCCUUAUCAAGUAGUGCUUCUAGUGGUCGGCUAUCUUCAGUGACAGGAGGGUUACUUGAUUCUUCUUAUAGAGCUGAAACAGUUGGCAGUUGUCAUGCCUUGCCUGUCAAAACUAGUAGUAUCCCAAGCUUGCCACAAAAUGCUUGUAAUGGUCUGAAGACAUCCAUGAAGAAAGUUGUGCAGCAGUUUAAAUCCUCAAAACAGCUGAAAUCCAAUCUCUUAGGUCCUGAAAAUGAGAUUGCUGGAAAGUUCAAGGUAAUAUUUCCGUAUGAGUUGUUUGUAAAGCUGUACUCCUACAACAAUGUAGACCUUUGCCCAUUCGGCCUGACAAAUUGCGGAAACAGCUGUUAUGCUAAUGCUGUGCUCCAGUGUUUAGCAUUUACUCAGCCUCUUACUUCGUAUCUACUUCAAGGACUCCAUUCUAAAACAUGUCAAAAAAGGGACUGGUGCUUUAUAUGUGAGUUUGAACUUCUGCUCCUGAAGGCAAGAGAAGGAAAGUCUGCACUCUCCCCAAUUAGGAUCUUAUCCAAAAUACAUAAAAUUGGUAGCCAUCUUGGUCAUGGGAAGGAAGAGGACGCUCAUGAAUUUUUGAGGUAUGCAGUUGAUACCAUGCAAUAUGUAUGCCUCAAGGAAGCUGGGGCUUUUGGUCCUUUGGCAGAACAAACAACUCUAGUAGGCUUGACCUUCGGAGGUCGCCUACGAUCCAAGAUAAAGUGCAUGAAGUGCCUUGUGAAGACUGAGCAAUUUGAGCGGAUGAUGGAUCUUACUGUUGAAAUUGAUGGGGCAAUUGGAACUCUGGAAGAGGCUCUUGCACAAUUUACUGCUACUGAAACUUUGGAUGGAGAUAAUAAAUUCCAUUGUAACAGGUGUAAAUCUUAUGAGAAAGCCAGAAAGAAACUUACAGUUUUAGAGGCACCAAAUAUUCUUACAAUAGUUUUAAAGCGAUUUCAGUCUCGGAACUUUGAGAAGCUGGAUAAGCCAGUUCGUUUUCCAGAAGUUCUCAACUUGUCACCGUACAUGGAUGGAUCAAGCGAUAAAUCUUCUGUUUACAAUCUUUAUGCUGUGGUUGUUCACUUGGAUAUUAUGAAUGCUGCAUAUUCAGGCCAUUAUAUAUGUUAUGUAAAGAAUAGUCGAGGGAACUGGUUCAAGAUUGAUGACAGCUCGGUUGAACCAGUGGAACUGAAAAGGGUUUUAUCUGAAGGCGCAUACAUGCUUCUAUAUGCAAGGCGCUCUCCGCGACCCCCGCUGUUGAUAGGAAGUAAUGCCCUUUCUCACACGGAGACAUCCAAUAGGAGGAACUCGGACGCAGUUCCUUCAAGCCUUACCAAAUCCAAGUUGCGAUACAUGGUUCCAAGUAUGAAUAGUUCCACAGCGCAACCAACAUUUAGUAGAGACCGAGACGAGAUGAGUUUUGAUGGUUCGAGCAAUAAUUCAUUAGAACCAGAUGAUUGGAGAUCUUAUUCCAUGUACAGAGUUCCUGCUAUGGAUUCAUCAAGUGAGAAUUCAUCAAUAUUCAGCUCCCCGGAUGCUAGUUCUUGUAGCACUGUGAGCACCAAGGACUCGUCCAGCAAUGAAGAUUUCUCUGAUUACAUAUUUGGUCAAGUAGGAACGAAUCCAUACAACCAAUUUGGGCGUUCAUCGGACGUGGUCACACCUUCUAUGUUUCCGAACUUUGAUGUAGAUACAAAAGGGCUUACAGACUACUCGGAAAGCGGAGGAAACUCCACAUUUUUGUUUAGUGACAGAAGUAGACAUCGCAGGAAGUCAACCUCAGAUUAAUUGAUAGCAGUAGCUAGCUCUAGGGGAACUGGCCGGCCGCAAUUUUUUUCAGAUCACGCCAGCCCUUUGCCCUUUCCCAAAUGUAAUCUGUAUUUAUCUGUAUCAUUUACAAGAGUGGAGCAAAACGGAUGGAGAACGAUCAGCUCAAACAUUUUACCGAGGUUUUGAGCUGUUGUGAUGCAACUCGUGUAAGUACGGUAAGGUCAUCAAGCCAUCAACUGAUUCUAGCAUAAUGAAAGAGUAAUCAGCCAAUUCUUGUUA